AUGGCGGGAAAAUUAAUUGCUUCUCUGGUCACAAUAACGUUGUCGUUACUUAAUGGAUUAUCCGGUUUUGAGCCAUCCUUCGAUGUUCCUAUACUCAAUGUCACGGUAAUAACAGGCCAAGUAGCAUUACUACCUUGCUCGAUUGAUCACCUCGGAAAACAUAAGGUAUGUAUGGUGGUAGAUGACUUCCGGUUCAGUCUUAUAAGGCCUGUGCCCAAGGAGUGGAACCUGCAAAUAAGAGAUGUCAAAUACGAGGAUCAAGGACAGUACAGAUGCACCCUGAACACCUCCCCUGUCAAGAGCAAGUAUGUCACACUCUACGUCAAAG